GCCAGGACCUGGCGUGUGUGCAAGCUGUAUCCUUCUUUGGUCCCCGCGUCAGUGGAAAAGUUAAACGAGUGGAACUCGGUGGGUUUAUCCUCACAGCAGCCUGGCAGCUGGGGCAGACAGAGGUAAAAGCCCAGCCGGGCCUUGCAGAGGUGUGGGGCAGGAGAAGGUCCGUGCAGAGCCAAGAAGCUCCAUCACUUGUGGGAAGAGACACGGGAAACAUCUAGAGAGGGCUGUUGCAGUUCCUCUCCCCGUGCCUGGGUAUUUCUGGGGCUUUGGCUUUUUUAUGGGCUCAGGGGAAGAAGUAGGGCAUCAUGUCCACUGCCGCAGAGAUUCGGCGUGUGAAGGGACACAACAACAGCAAACCCACUUUCCUUUCAGCUGGUUGAUCCCCUCGAGCGUGCGCCCCGCGCCCUGCUCUGGCUGCUGCUGCUUUGUGGCCCGGCUCAGCGCUCCUGGCCCUCCUGCUCAGCACACCCACAGCAGCAGAUUUUAUUGCUGAGCAAUCGAGGGAAGCUCUCUGUUGGAAGGGGGAAAAAAGAGAGUCUCUUCAUGGCAGAUUGCACUAGUUUGUUUCUCCCUCGUGGGUAACUUUGGAGCCAAAUCCUUAAAGGCACAGCAGGCUCAGGGAGCGCAGCGCUCCCCGGGAGCAGCAUCCUCACUGCCGAAGGACAGGGCUUCUCUUUGAACCCGAGGAGAUUUACACACCUGAAUGACUUGGCCAGGCUGACCUUGUUGCUUUCAGGGUCUGGUAUCAGACAUGAAGAAUAGCUCAGCACAGUGUGGUUAAUUCAGCGAUUGCCAUCCCCACCUGCAAAUUAGUGAGUUCUUGGCUUGGAUUCCUUAUCUCUCUAUCAGAAGCGGCUUCCUACAGGGAUCCAGGCCAUCUGAGGGUCAGCAAAGGAAAACCGUGUCCAAAUUUGCCACUAUUGCUUUGCUGCUUCAGCCGGGGUGCAGCCAUCAAGGUGUGCCAGAGCCUGAAGCACCUGGGUGACCUGUGGGGUUGAGGACAGGGUUAUAACCCCUGACAAAAGUUGCUUGUAAUAAACAUCGUGUGUUUCUCCUUUGCAUUCCUGGAGGGCUUCAGUUCUCAAUCAGUAACGUGGGAGGUUAAAUCUACUCAGUAUUGUUAGGUGAUGUGGGGCCUGGAUCGUAUUCAGGCUCUCUGUACAUCACCUAAGACCUGGAGUUGCGUGACAGGGCUUUCUACACAGAUGUCAUUAGAGAAAAUGCAGUAAAACCAUCUCAAUAUAGAAUAUUAUAACAGAAGAAACUCUCUCCCCUCUUUCCUUGUUCUGCUGGAAGAUAACGCUGUCCCUGCAGGGCAGUAAAGGCAGCCUGGACCUUUAAGAGCAGCAGUUCCCUCUACAACUCUUCCUGGGAACUUUGGAACCGAUCCGGGUGGAAAGCCUGAGCUCGCUGCCUGGGAGGCAAAAAUGGACAUUCAAGAGUAUUUCGCAAGAAUUUCUUACAACAGUUCCCAUAAGGAUGCAGACUUGCAAACCUUGACAGACAUUUUCCAGCAUCACAUCCAGGCAAUUCCUUUUGAAAACCUCAGCAUGCAUUGUGGGGAGACCAUCGAACUGGAUUUACAGUCUACUUACAAUAAGAUAGUGAGGAAGAAACGUGGUGGAUGGUGCCUGGAAAGCAACCACCUUUUAUCUUGGGCCUUGCAACAAUUAGGGUACGACAUCUGUAUUCUUGGAGGAAAUAGUUAUGCACCAGCAGAGGGGGCGUACACUGCUGAGAUGAAUCAUAUCCUACUGAAGGUGGUGAUCAAGGGAGAUCCCUACAUAGUAGAUGCGGGUUUUGGCGGUGCCUACCAGGCGUGGCAGCCACUGAUGUUGGUUUCUGGGAAGGAUCAACCCCAGGUCCCCGGCAUCUUCCGCUUCAUGGAAGACAACGGCACCUGGUUCUUUGAGAAAGUCAAAAGGAAGCAUUAUAUUCCUGAGCAAAGUGUCCCUUUUGCUGAUACUCCUCAACGGGGGAAUAUCAGAAAAAUAUAUACAUUCACUCUCAAGCCACGACAUAUAGAAGACUUUCAGGAGCUGAACACGUACCUACAAGUGUCUCCAGAUAACAUACUUCGGAAGAAGUCGAUUUGUACCCUCCAGACCACUGCGGGGCUUUACGCCUUAGUUGGCUGGACCUUCACUGAGAUGAAGUAUAACUACAUGGACGGCAUGGAUGUGGUGCAGAUCACAACUCUUACUGAUGAAGAGGUUGAGAAGACCCUGAAAGACAAAUUCAAUAUAGUGUUGGAGAACAAACUUGUACCAGUAAAUGUUCGUGGCUUGCCACCUAAUUUAGUGGAUACAAUCUAAUUCUAAUG